UGAAAACUGGGAAAUCUUGGAAAUCCUGGAAUUUUUUUAAAUUGUUGAAGUAGAGCACACAAUUUUGAACAGAUUGAAUAUUUUGGAGUUGGAACAGUUUGAAUUGGAUGAAACUUUGAAAAAUGUUCCAUUCAUUUCAAUGGGAAUUUCAUGGAAAUUUGGGAAUUUCGGGAAUUUUUGGGAGAAUGUUAAAAGACUUGAAUAUUCUGAACGAGUUGAAAUGAUUGAUGUUGGAAUUUUUCAAAUUGGCCGAGAAAUAUUGAAGAAGUAACAUUUUUUAUUGAGAAAUGGUUUUAAGGAAUUCCAGGAAUUUCGGAAAAAACGGGAAUUUUUUCCAGUUCAAAAAACAACUUAGUAUUUUUUCCUGAUUAAGAGGAAUGUUUAGACGGUGGAACGGUUGAAGUGGGUUGAAAAAUGUGGAAGGAGUAGUCUGAAAAAAUGGUGAAAAAAGGGUUUGAAAGAAAGGGAAUUCUGGGAAAUCCAGGAUUUUUUUUUAACUUGGAAAAAUGAUAAGGAAUUCCAGGAAUUUUUUCCAGUUCAAAAAAACAACUUUGUAUUUUUUUCCCUGAUUAAGAGGAAUGUUUGGAUGGUGGAACGGUUGAAGUGGGUUGAAAAACGUGGAAGGAGUAGUCGUCAGAAAAAAGAUUUUGGAAAAAAAGGGAAUUCUGGGACAUCCAGGAAAUUUUUUUAACUAGGAAAAAUGAUAGUUUGAAUUUCCAGGAUGAGUGGAAUAUGUUGAAGGGGGAAUGGUAUGAAUCGGUUGAAAAUGUGGAAAUUGUAGAUUUUUAAAAAAUGGACAAUUAAUUUCGAAUGGGGAAAAUAUCCCUGACAUUUUAGAAAAAUGUCCCAUUCAUUUCAAUGGGAAUUUUUGGGAGAAUGUUAAAAUACUUGAAUAUUCUGAAAGAGCUGAAAUGGUUGGUGUUGGUAUUUUUCAAAUUGGUCAAGAAAUAUUGAAGUAGUAACAUUGUUAAUUGAGAAAUGGUAUUACGGAAUUCCAGGAAUUUCGGAAAAAAACGGGAAUCUUUUCCAGUUCACAAAACAAUUUAGUAUUUUGUCCUGAUUAAGAGGAAUUUUUGGACGGUGGAACGGUUGAAUUGGGUUGAAAAAUGUGGAAGGAGUAGUCGUCAGAAAAAAGGGAAUUCUGGGAAUUCCUGGAAAAAAAAUGUAACUUGGAAACAUGAUAGUUUGAAUAUCCAGGAUGAGUGAAAUUUGGUUGAAGGUGGAAUGGUUUGAAUCUUUUGAAAAAUGUGGAAAUGGUGGAAGUUUGAAAAAUGGCCAAUUCAUUUUAAAUAUGAAAAUGUCCCGGAAAAAAUUUGGGAAUUCCGGGGAAAGAGGGAUUUUUUUUUUAAAUGGUAAAAAACUUGAAUGUUCUGAAUGGUUGGUGUUCGAAUUUUUCAAAACGGUCGAGAAAUGUUGAAGUAGUAACAUUUUUAAUUGAGAAAUGGUAUAACGGAAUUCAUGGAAUUUGGGGAAAACCGGUAAUUUUUCCAGUUCAAAAGAUAUCUCAGUUUUUUGUCCAGAUCAAGAGGGACGAUUUGACUGUGGAAUGAUUAAAGUGGGUUGAAAAAAGUGGGCGAAGUAGUCGACAGAAAAAAGGGUGAAAAUAGGGUUGGGAAAAUUGGGAAUUUUGGAAAUUCCUGGAAUAUUUUUGAAAUUGUAAAAAUGAUAGUUAGAAUGUCUAGCAUAUGUUGAAGGUGGACUGGUUUGAUUCGGUUGAAAAUUGUGGAAGUUUGAAAAAUGGCCAAUUCAUUUUGAAUGGGGGAAUAAUGUCCCGGAAAACCUGGAAUUCUGGGAAAUCUUUGAAUUUUUUGGAAUUUGUCAAGGGAAAGUCCGCGAUUCCCGAAUAGGCUGAACAGUUUGAAGUUGGAACGGUUCGAAUCGGUUGACAAAUGUGCAAGGUAGAGUGUGCCAAAAUCUGGAGAAGAAGAAUAAAUAGAUGCAUUUUGGUGUAGAAAACCAUAUGUGUGAAUGCUUUGGAGCAUUCACACAUUAUGACAUAAUAAAUAUUGGAGCAUAAAAAUCUAGUAUGUUUCUAUGUUUCUAUCCGUGCACCAUUAGGAUAUUGAAUCUGUGCUAAAAACUAAGACUGAUUUCCACAUUUGCACUGCUGUGUCCUAUUUGUUCUACUCUUUUUAACAUGUUAAUUUUUGGUUGUAUUGUAUUUUACCACCAGUAUUUACGUCAUGCUCUCAUGUUUGAUGCCAAAAAAGUGUUCCAUUUUAAUUAAUUUUUGCAGGAAUGAUAAUGGUGUGGGUGUGUGGGUGAGCAUAGAGGCACUGCCUUGUGGCAGGUGUCACCAGGUGUCACAUCCAGUCCUCUCGGCCAGGUGCAAAGUGAGUCCUCCUUGUCUUCAGCCAUGGUCUGCCACACGUUCAGGAUUUGGAAUUUGCUGCUUGUCCUCCUGCUCGCCGUUGUGGUUUUUGUCGUGUAUCAGUCAGAAUUGUCCUUUGACAUCAGUCCACCUACCUGGACCACUUUCUCAAGGAAAUUGGAUCUGGUCCUGGCGGGCCGUUGGUCCGAGACGAAUGCCACCGGCUGGGCUCAGGAGGUGGAAAGUGAGCAAGGGACCAAUCCCGAGACCCCCAUGCCCAUCCUGCUGCCACAAAACUUCUCAAAGACUCCAGUGUGGGAUUUUGACUACGUUUACAACCAGGAUGCUCCACCCAGACAGUCGACGUGCCAACAAUCCCUCAGGAAUUCCGAGGAUGAGAGCUUCAGGAAGGAAUUCCUACCCAACAUUCGCUUGUUCUUGCACAAAGACGACAUCAACAUGAGCGAGUGGAACAGACUCUCCCACUUUAACAGUCCCUUUGGCUUCAUGGGCUUCACUUACGACGAAGUGAUGUCCUCAGUGAAGAUGAUCCCAAUGCCACAGGAGCCUUUCUUCGAACCAAAGCCCGGCAGCGAUGGCUGCAUUCGUUGCGCUGUGGUGGGAAACGCCGGCAUCCUCAACGGCUCCAAAAUGGGGAAAGAAAUCGAUUCGCACGACUUCAUCUUUCGGAUGAACGGGGCCGUGAUCCAGGGUUACGAGACCGACGUGGGGAACAAAACGAGCGUCUACGUCCACACGGCUCACACCAUCACCUCGUCCUUGUCCACUUUGCGGAAGUACAACAACAUGGCCAUCCCCCACGAUGAGGGUAUCAAAUACGUGAUGAUCCCAGCGGGCUUGAGGGACUACCAGUUCUUGGGAGGACUCCUCAAAGGAGACAUAGUGACAGCCGGCAGCUUCAAAGACAAAAGGCCCAGGAUGUACUACGCGGGGCAGUACAACGAGAGCCGCUUUUACGUCCUGUACCAGGACUUCCUCCGAUACGUGCGGAACAGGUUCUUGCCUUCUCCCCGCAUGGAAAAGAAGCAUUGGGCAUGCUACAGACCGACCACCGGUGCUUUGGCCCUCUUCCUGGCUCUCCACACGUGUGACCAGGUGGAUGCUUACGGCUUCAUGACACAAGACUACUCCAAAUACUCCAACUACUAUUACCACAGGAAUGAGAAAAAACGCGUCCCAAUGGUCGCCAAUCAUGACCUUAUAUUGGAAAUGAAACUCUGGAAGCAACUCCACGACAGCAAAGUCAUACGUUUAUAUCAAAGACUUGAACCAGAACCCCUCAUGUAACACGGCGCCAACAUACUUAAAGUACCAGUACGGUGUAAAAACAAGUCGCCUCUAUAAUGAGGCUAUGAUCAUAUAUAUCUGAUAUAUGACACCAAAAGACUUCCAAAGUUAUAUAGUAUAGUAUCAAUCUCACAGAGAUUCCCCAGACAUUUUGAGAGAUAAUAAGCAAGCCAGUCAUGUGAUCGCGUGACAGAUCCCUUCCCCAUCAACAACAAUGCUAAUCAAGCAGACUAUGUGACAGCCAACGACAGUUACUUUUGGAAAAAUGAUGAUCCAGGACCUUAUAUUUUUGAGCUCGAAUACAAAGAGGAUGAACAAUAAUAUAAUAAUAUGUUAGAAGCCGAGUGCUAAACGGAUGCGGCUUUAUUGUGACACUAUAGCUUUAGCGGCAUUGCUCGGUGAUAAACAUACAAACUAACCAUUUUAAACCAUAGUAAAACAAACACUUCCUGUGAUAUUUCCACUCUCGCUGGGAUGCCGACCGACGGGACGCUCACAUAAUCCUGUUUAGAUUAAGUUAAAGUAAAAAUUUAAAAUACCAAUGAUUGUCACACACACACACACACACUAGGUGUGGCAAAAUUAUUCUCUGCAUUUGACCCAUCACCCUUGAUCACCCCCUGGGAGGUGAGGGGAGCAGUGGGCAGCAGCGGUGGCCGCGCCCGGGAAUCAUUUUUGGUGACGUAACCCCCAAUUCCAACCCUUGAUGCUGAGUGCCAAGCAAGGGAGGUAACGGGUCCCAUUUUUAUAGCCUUUGGUAUAACUCGGCCGGGGUUUGAACUCACAACCUACCGAUGUCAGGGCGGACACUCUAACCACUGAGCAGUGUGUAAGCGUCUGGAAAACAACUGCUUUUAGUUGUAACUUAAAUAUUGCCGUUGAGCUAGACAGGUAGUCUCUUCUCAAGGAUAGGGCUAUCACUUUUGCAUUCCGAAGUCCCAAUUAGGGCCUCUUUCCUACGAGAAGUGAUCCAAUCCACCUGCGAAUGUCGAACCAAGGGGCCAUUUCUUAUUAUGUGCUCAAACUGAAAUACCACCAUUUACUUAAACUCGGUGGUUUGCUCUCUCCAAGGUGAAUAUGAACAUUCACCAUCUGCAAAACAUAAUAUGAGUUCAUUAAUUCACAACCACUAGGCCACUGAGUGAGUAAUCAAGCAGACUAUGUGAGAGCCAACGACGAUUACGUUUGGAAAAAUUAUGAUCCAGGACCUUAUAUUUUUGAGCCCGAACACAAAGAGGAUGAGCAGUAAGUGUUUGAAGCCGAGUGCUGAACGGAUGCGGCUUUAUUGUGACGCUAUAGCUUUAGCAGCAUCACUAGAUGCUAAACAUACAAACUAACCACUUCAAAUAAAACAAACACUUCCUGUGAUAUUUCCACUCUUGCUGGGAUGCCGACCGACCGGACGCCCACAUAAUCCCGUUUAGAUGAAGAAUCAAUCACAAUCUUCGCGAAGGGUUAAACAUAUUUUUCCUGCAGGAAGCAUCUUUUGGGGUGGUAUUCGCCAUUUCGGGGGACGUAAAAGUUGUCCAGCGAGUCGGUCCAUGGCCACAUUUGUCCACUACCAGGUGAGAGAUGCAUGAAUUAUGAUCUAGAAUUUACUUAGUGCAUGUGCCUCACAAUACGAAGGUCCUGAGUAGUCCCGUGUUCAAUCCCGGGCUCGGGAUCUUUCUGUGUGGAGUUUGCAUGUUCUCCCCGUGACUGCAUGGGUUCCGUCCGGGUAUUCCGGCUCCCUCCCACCUCCAAAGACAUGCACCUGGGGAUAAGUUGAUUGGUAGCUGUCAGGUUCAAACACUGAUGACAUCUAUUAAACAAGACAAGAGGCAAAGAAUUAAACAGAGACAGAAUUCAAUUUGGACUCAAUUGAGGAGACGCGCCUGGACACACUGUACUCAUGUACAGUCUCCAACACGCUCUGCCCAAAGAUUGCAUGCCUCCUUCUUUUAUUUUGGACCCUCCCCGACCACAUGGUCACCUUUGUUUCCAAUGGACAAAGGUCGUAAAUAAUUCACAGGAAAGGUCAGUUCAAAAAGAGUUCCAUAAAAUACUUCAAAAAGAGGUCUAUAAAAUACUUCAAAAAGAGUUCGUCUGGAAAUUGGGCAGACCCUGCCAUCUGUCCGCUUUGAAGUCCUUGGGUUAGAACAAUAUAUUUCUGUUGAUUACCAUACAUGAGAGAAAACAGAAAACCCUUCAUGUGGAUCUUCCCCUUACACAGUGGAGUUUUACGAGCCUUCUUCUUGGUAGGUUUCAAAGACAGCUCCCGUCCCCCUGCUAGGAACUCAAUGUAAUACAAAGUCUUUGUGAUAAUUUAGAAACAAUUAUUCUAACAGUAACACUAAAUGGUCCCUAGUGUGUGAAUGUUGUCUGUCUAUCUGUGUUGGCCCUGCAAUGAGGUGGCGACUUGUCUAGGGUGUACCCCGCCUUCCGCCCCAAUGCAGCUGAGAUAGGCUCCAGCACCCCCCGCGAUCCCAAAAGAGACAAGUGGUAGAAAAUGGAUGGAAUUUACUUUUAGCAAGUUUGAGAAGAAGCAGAAGCAGCUGUCGCCUCAGUGUGUCAACAAUAGCAUGGUAAGCCACUAAAAUAGUCCGUCUGCGUCAGCGCUUAUAAUAACAAUAUCACUCAUAUUUGGUUAAUGUUCAGGUCAAGACAUGUAAAUGGAGUGUUGUUGGCCCUUUCUGGAUGUUUUUAGAGAGCGUAUAAUUGGCUAUUUAUUUACAAUUUUGAUUUCACAAAAAAAGCCAAGCAUGUGUCCUUGUCUUACGUAAGGAUCGUGAAUGAUAAGCAGCACAUCUCUUUCCAAUAUUUGCAUAUUUCCAGUAUGACUGAUCUGAUAACAUUGUCAGAGUGCAGAAGCGUUACUACCGUGAUGUCAGUCUCCGAAAAUAGCCGAAGGUAUUUGGAGCGGAAUAUUCAAAAUGGCCGACUGAAUCCGUGGCAUUUUGUGAUGUUUCAACAGUGUUCUCACACAAUUUGUGAAUUGUAAAUACAAUUGGAUAUGCGGUUUAACGGAUACAAUGAAACACAAAUAAGUGUAUAAAGUCAACUUGUUUUUCCACUCUACUGCUACUUUAAAAAAAAAACUCCUGUGCAACUUUAGGAUUGACUAUACACACCUAUUGUUAGGAUCCAUGAAUUGAUUAACGUGGACCCCGACUUAAACAAGUUGAAAAACUUAUGUUACCAUUUAGUGGUCAAUUGUACGGAAUAUGUACUGAACUGUGCAAU